ACACUGCCCUGCGUCUGCAAGCUCUGUGGGAAGUCCUUCUCCAGGCCUUGGCUGCUCCAGGGACACAUCCGAACACACACACUGCCCUGCGUCUGCAAGCUCUGUGGGAAGGCCUUCUCCAGGCCUUGGCUGCUCCAGGGACACAUCCGAACACACACACUGCCCUGCGUCUGCAAGCUCUGUGGGAAGGCCUUCUCCAGGCCUUGGCUGCUCCAGGGACACAUCCGAACACACACACUGCCCUGCGUCUGCAAGCUCUGUGGGAAGGCCUUCUCCAGGCCUUGGCUGCUCCAGGGACACAUCCGAACACACACACUGCCCUGCGUCUGCAAGCUCUGUGGGAAGGCCUUCUCCAGGCCUUGGCUGCUCCAGGGACACAUCCGAACACACACACUGCCCUGCGUCUGCAAGCUCUGUGGGAAGGCCUUCUCCAGGCCUUGGCUGCUCCAGGGACACAUUCGCACACAUACAGGUGAGAAGCCCUACUCCUGCCCACACUGCAGCCGGGCGUUUGCUGACCGCUCCAACCUCCGAGCACACCUACAGACACACUCUGACAUCAAGAAAUACCAGUGCAAGAGUUGCUCCAAAACCUUCUCCAGGAUAUCUCUGCUCUCCAAGCAUGAAGAGGCUGGCUGCUCCCCACUGUCCUGAUUCCGUUUACUGCCAGUGCUGCCCACUCUGUGCCUAUUGCCUAUUUGCCUAGACUAUGUCUGGUCCUACUAACAACAGACUUCCCUCACAAAGCACUGGAGAUAGACUACUAUUAGUGACACGGAGCUCUGACUACUGUAUGUUUUUGUUCUGUGACAUUUCAAGCUCAUGAAAUAAGCACAAUGGACUGUGUCCAAAGACGUUCUUAUGUCAUAUAUUUGACAUAUGAAGUAGUUGUAUGACAUCAAGACACAUAGAGAAAAGUUGUUAUCGCAUGCUGCCAAAAAUACUUGAAAUUUAAAGCCUUGAAGUUUUUGAUUGUGUUAUUGAUGAUUACCUGUGCCUUUUGAGGAAAUGUAUAGCUGGAGUAUACACUUUUGUAUGAACUUUGUUUAAAGACAA